AUGAAGAAUCUGAAUCUAUACAAUGCAAGGACACAGCUAUUACCGAAUCUUCCCAAGACUCGUCAGGAAAUUCUACUAGAAGGAAAAUGGAGGGAAACAUCGGUUGGUGAACAGUUUCUUUUAUUUGAUGAAGGAGAAGAACAACGGAUGAUAGCGUUUGCCACCACUGAGAACCUCAGGAUGUUAUCAAAUGCCGAUGCUGUGUUUUGUGAUGGAACAUUUUACACGUGCCCUGGACUGUUUACCCAGUUAUACACAAUACAUGCUAUGGAAGACGGAGUCAUGUACCCGUUGAUAUUUGUUUUGUUACCAGGAAAGAGCCAACUUAUCUACACUAACUUCUUCCGGAAAAUUAGCGAUACCAUGGACGAUCUGCUGCUUCCGUUUAACCCAGCUACCGUCUUUCUGGACUUCGAGGCCGCAGCCCAAAAUGACAUCAGGACCGUCUAUCCAGGAACUACAGUGAAAUGGUGUUUUUUUCAUUAUACUCAGUGCAUUUGGAGGAAGGCACAACAAUACGGAUUACAGGUAUCCUAUGGUGAAAAUGAAGAUGUUCAUCGACUUCUGCGCCGAGCAGCUGUGCUUCCAAUUAUUCCCCCUGAACGUGUUGAGGAUGUGUGGUUCAAUGCCUUGGAAGACCUAGAGGAUUCAGUUCUGCCAGUAAAUACUACACCAUUCUGUGAUUAUGUGACCACCCAGUGGGUAGAAGGAGGAGAUAUCAACACAUGGAACCACUACACAACCGAGGGACCUCGCACCACCAACCAUCUCAAAGGGUGGAAUAGCAAGCUAAAGAAAUAG